AGCAAGAGGCUGACAACUAGACUAACAAACAAUUGCAGAAUCCAAUGGUUCUGGUGUUAAAUUUUACAGUAAAAGUUAACAAUGCUGUUACCAAAAGAACUCAAUUCCUAUCUAGUUUAAUGGAUACAUAAAUAGCUUUCCAUGAUGGGAUUGAAUCCUCUUACCUCCAACAAGUUACCUAGCAAUACACAAAAGGGUUAGCAACUUGGCAGGAGGAGAGGGAAGGAAAUGAGUCUCUUCUCUUGUUGCAGAAUGGAAAAAAAUAAUUCUUUCAAGGGAAGCAGAUCUUCAUGGAACAGCAAGGGUUAUGGAAAACAAGGCAAAACAUUGUCAAUUGUCGGGAACAUGUCUUAUAAAAUAACCUCCAGCAAAAGGAAGAAUAUUAAUCAGGUUUUCACAUUUCGUGAACUAGCUGUUGCAACUAGCAAUUUCAGUCAUCAUUGUCUAGUGGGAGAAGGUGGAUUUGGAAGGGUGUAUAAAGGAUACAUUGAGAACAUUGAUCAAAUUGUUGCUGUUAAGAAGCUUGACAGGAAAGGAUUGCAAGGAAAUAGAGAAUUCUUUUCUGAGGUCCUUACGUUAAGCAUGGUUAAACAUCUGAAUCUUGUCAAACUGAUUGGCUAUUGUGCAGAUGGUGAUCAAAAACUCUUAGUUUAUGAAUUCAUGGCCAAUGGAUCUUUGGAAAAUCACCUUCUUGAUUUACCUUCAGGAAAGGAUCCUUUGGACUGGAGUACUAGGAUGAAAAUAGCAUCAGGAGCAGCCCAAGGACUGGAAUAUUUGCACGGCGUUGCCGAUCCUCAAAUCAUCUAUCGGGAUUUCAAAGCUUCAAAUAUAUUAUUAGAUGAAGAUUUCAAUCCGAAGCUGUCUGAUUUUGGACUUGCCAAGUUGGGACCAACAGGAGGGAAGGAUCAUGUGUCUACAAGGGUGAUGGGUACAUAUGGCUACUGUGCUCCUGAAUAUCAAAUGACAGGUCAGCUGACAACAAGGUCGGAUGUGUAUAGUUUCGGUGUUGUUCUUCUGGAGAUAAUUUCAGGAAGGAGAGUUAUUGAUAAGUCAAGACCAACAGAAGAGCAGAACCUAAUUCAUUGGGCAGCGCCGCUGUUGAAGGACAGAAGUAAAUUUUCAGCAAUGGCAGAUCCAUUACUAGAAGGAAACUACCCAAAAAAGAGUCUAUAUCAGGCUCUUGCAAUAGCAGCCAUGUGUGUCCAUGAAGAAGCUGAAGCCCGACCUUUGAUGGCUGAUGUCGUAACCGCACUUGAAUUUCUUACCAAACCAACUGAGGAGAAAAAAGCUACAAUGGCAUCAACAGAAAGCAUCCAUUACGUCGACUCUGUGAAAGGAGGAAAUGCCAAGGAAGAGCUAGAAGCUUAGUUGUUUUGCAGAAACCAAAAGCUACUUCUACGAUUUCAAUAUCAAUAUUAAUUUUGUCAAUAUGCUUAAAGUUCACUGCCUUAUUAUAUUACCGUGCAACUAAUUUUACAAACCUCGUAGAUGCUGUAUUUCAUAAGUGUGUAAAUAUGUAAACGGACUGUUUUCGCCACAGGAAAAAGGUCCAGGCACUAGAAUUGCAGGAGUGUUGUUCGUUCAGAACAUCAGAAUGCCAAUGUAGAUAUAAUUUCUCUCACGAUAUAAAUGCUUGCUCUUCUUUAUCAAUCUCAGCCUGUUCAUUCAAUUAGAAACUACAUGAUCCAGUUUCUGCUGUACACAAACAACAGUAAAACUUAACUUUACAUACAUAGAUAUUUUUU